CAAAUGGCCGUGGACCGACAGACAGGGCGAGUGUGAUCUCGGUUUCUUUUCUCUCGAUUAAGACUUACGAAGAAUGGGAGAGCCCUGUUGACACCACGGAGAGAUACACGCUGAGACCGACUAUGGCUGUGGACGCGGCGUCCAGCUUCAGUUUUUGCCGUGCCUCCCUGGAGCACACAGUGUCUGCUGAGGAGCUGAGCUACCAGCUUCCCCGCCGCGCUGGAGGCAGCAACCUGACCUGGCACGACGGCCGCGGCCAGAAGACAGCACACACACGCACCGUCAAACUACUGCAGCAGCCCGGCACAGAGGGCAUCCAGUUGCGUCCAGGUGAAGCCUUCACUGUGUAUCACACCAGUCCUACGCUGUCCAGUCUGUCCAAACCCGUGGUGCUGUGGACUCAGCAGGACGUCUGCAAGUGGCUUAAGAAACACUGUCCUCACAACUACCUGACCUAUGUAGAGGCCUUCUCUCAUCACGCCAUCACAGGACGGGCAUUGUUGCGUUUGAAUGGGGAGAAGCUAGAGAGGAUGGGAAUCGUCCAGGAGACGCUGCGGCAGGAGGUCCUCCAACAAGUCCUCCAGCUGCAGGUCAGAGAAGAGGUCCGCAACCUACAGCUCCUUAGCAGAACAUCCUUUGGAAACUUCUCUUAGCUCAACUCUGGAUCCAUUUGGCAGCCCUUUCCGACAUCCCCUGUCACAAUACGUCUCUAGGAGCCACGGAAGAGCUGCUGUCUUCAGAUAUGUGAGCGGAGAAUCAAUGAGUGAAAGGGGAGAGGACAAGCCUAUAGACGACAUGCCAACCAGUCUGGAGGAUUCUCAUUCAACACAGCCAAUCUGGUUUACAGACACUGACACAGAGACAAAGCCCCACUCAAGGCAGGGGUACCCACUGUAACAUAGUGAUAAGAUGUAAGAUUCACAACCCUAGUGAUGAUGUAGGCCUGUCACUGGUAUAUGCUUGAUCACGGCAAAUCUCCUUUUGGUUUCCUGCAUCAUUCACUGGACUCCUUGGGCAAUUUCAUCAGAAGCUCGGUAAACACACAGAUUUAUUUUUGACAUAAGCUUCACAUUUUCACAAACAGGAUUCACGGUUUUUCCUCUCUCUUCUGGUUAGGGUCAUUACAUAAAUAAGUCUUUGGUAUGGUUUUACACCACCUAAAUCUCUGAACCCAGUGGGGCUGACGCAUGUAGACGAUUGCUUGAAUUAUGUUGUAAGCACAGAUUUACGUACAUGCAGCGCCACCAUUUGGCCACUGGAUUAAAGUCAAUCUCCACCCCCCUUUGAAACUACAACACCAAGUCUGUUCAGAAGGAAUUAGUGCCGAGGGAUGCCAAUAUAAUCAGUUCCACAGCCACAGGUCACAGUGUAUUUUCUUCUCAGGACUUUAGUUUUGGAAUUGUAGGUUUGGAGGCUCAACAAUAACACUUUAAGCUGAAUGUCAUUCCCACAAUCAAUUUUUGGAAUUGUGACUGAUCUGCAGUAUGUCAACGAGAAAUAUAGAAAUAUAUAUACAGUAUGAGCAUUGUAGAAUAAUAUACAAUUUAAUCUGUGUAUAUUGCAGCAGUACCUUAGUCUUUUAUUAAUACAAUGGAUCCAGAGGGCACAGAGUUAAUGUGGUAAUCACUGACUGUCUAUGCUUAAUAAAGCAAUAAAUCAAGUCCUAAUAGGUGAAAAGGGAUAGCACUGUCUGGGAUAAAUAUUAAGGAAACUUUUUUACAGAGUUGGGAUGCACACUUUUAGUGUCUGCUGAAGGAAAUUUACUGUACAUUUGUUCUUGUUACAGUGGUAGCAUUUGCCAAGCUCAUAGAUUCUGUCUGUUGUGUUUGCUAUACAGUAUACUGUAUGUAAUCUCUCACACACAGAUAGGAAGCGAGGGGACAAGCCCCUGUUGUGUUCUACCCGGUUUCCGUCCCUGAUGUGACACUGUGUUUUCAAAUGCUCGGAAAUCAAGAGACUAUGACAGCUACCCAAAUGCAAGAUUCCCAGUGUGACUGAACUGAGCACCUUUGAUGUCACUCUAGACAGCAGCAGACAGCUAUGUAUGAUGAUGAUGUUUAAGUCACAUAAAUAAAUACAUAAAUAAACUUCCAACAAACACAAACUUACCCUUCCAACAUCCUUCCAUUUGUCCUUUGACAGGCAAUCUUUGGGUGAUGUAAGUAACGGACUGUUAAAAGGGAUAAAACACACUGUAUUAUUUUUUGGAUUACAUGAU